AUGAACAUAGUUAAAGUGAGAUGUGGCCAUGCCAAGGCGGGAAUAACUAGGGCAUUAUCAUUCGCAUUGACAAUCGAUGAUUCCACAUCAAUCGAUUUGUUGGAAAUUCAUAUGACUCGGCUUACGGACGCCUGGUCUAAUUUCACAACUCACCAGGAUAGCUUGUAUGAAUUUUGCGAUGACGAAGCGUUUGUAGAUCCAGAGGAAGAGUUUGCCGAGUACGAAGAUAAGUACUGUCAGGCUUAUGCUUUAAUACAAAAUUCAAUUCGCAAUCUCUCAAAGUCUAGUUCAAUAACAGAUCAAUCGUUAGGUGAUACAUUAGCGUCUCAGCAAGCUUCAAUUCUAAAAAAAUUAGAUGCAAAUCAAGUUAACCCCAAAACUGUCAAAUUGCCAGAGUGUAAAAUUCCUACAUUUUAUGGUGAUUACAAAGACUGGCCUGGUUUCAGGGAUCUUUUUACUGGAACAAUUGAUCGUAACACUUCGAUUACUGCAACUCAAAAGUUUCAGUAUCUAAAAUCUUUUUUGGGUGGAGAUGCAGCAAACCUAAUUAAACAUAUUUCAUGUUCCGAGAAUAAUUAUUUAGAAGCGUGGGAUAAACUUGAGGCGCGGUUCGACAAGAAACAUUUAAUUAUUCAAUCGUUCAUACAAUCGUUUAUUUCGUUGCAAUCGUGUAGUUCUAACAACGUGCAGUCUCUUCGAAAACUGACAGAUGGGGCUGACGAGACCAUACGAGGUUUAAAGGCACUUGGUUCUGAGUCGAGAGAUCCUUGGCUUAUUUUUAUUUUGCUACAAAAAGUAGACCACGAAACAAAACAGGCAUGGGCAGAAGAAAUCGGUUCAAACGAUGAAUGUACUAUUAGCAAAUUUCUUGAAUUUUUGGAAAACCGCUGUAGCUGCCUUGAAUCAUGCUAUACGUUACCUGUAACUCGUUCUUCUAAAACAACCAACAAGGCUCAAAGUAGUGUUCGAACACACUUGGUGGAAACCAAAAUAGGGUGUCCCAAAUGUCAAGAAGACCAUCUUCUUCCUUCUUGUAAGGCAUUUAUGGGCUUAUCGGUGGAUGCACGCCGUAAAUUCGUUAAGGAAAAGUCUUUAUGCUUUAACUGUCUUCGAUCAGGUCAUCCUUCUAACAAAUGUCAUUCUAACUUUCGAUGUAAGAUGUGCUCUACUCGUCAUCACACUCUAGUACAUCCUAUACAAAACGCAAACACGUCACAUUCAAAUACAAGUUCUAAUCAGGAUGAAAAGCAAUCUCCUCCUUCUUCGUCACCACGACAGGAUACUAAUGAUCCCAUUGUAAUUAACCAUUCUCUUGAAGCCAAUCAUCAUACAAGUACUAUUCUUCCUACUGCUGUGGUUAGAACUCGUGAUAAGCAAGGAGUUUAUCAAAAUAUUCGUGUACUACUUGAUACAGGAUCCCAAGUUUCCUUCGUGACUGAACAAUGUGUUCAACGACUAGGGCUCUCUCGGAAACGAAUACGUAUUCCUAUUUUGGGAGUCGCAUCUACUUCGGCAGGUGUUACUAACGGUCUGGUAAACCUGACUAUACAUUCCACACAUGAUUCAAAUAAUAUUGACAUCGAUUGUUACGUCAUUACAAAGUUGACAUCGUUGCUUCCAUCAACUGAAAUAACAAAUAUCGAUUUCACUAAAAUAUUUUCCAUGAACCUAGCAGAUCCAGCCUUCAAUAUUCCUGGCCCAAUAGACAUUUUGAUUGGAUCAGAUAAAGUGUUUAGUAUUAUUAACGGACCAUCUGAAGCAAUAGUUACAGGGGGUCCUAAAUCAAUUCCGACUAUAUUCGGCUGGGUGAUAGCUGGAAGCUAUCAGCAGCAAGAUUCACGAGAUAAGGCAGUAAGGUCAUUUUGCACUCGAUUAGACUACUCGCAACAUGUCGAUUUGGAACGCUUUUUUCGACUAGAAGAGGUUAAUUAUGAACCAUUUCUAUCGGUUGAAGAGCAACAAGCUGAAGAGCAUUUUGCUUCAACACACAGACGUCAUGAAGAUGGAAAAUACAUGGUUGAGUUACCAUUUAAAAAUAAUGUUAUUCUUAAUGAAGAAGGUUCACUUCGGUUGGCAUUAAAUCGACUAUUUUCUAUCGAACGCAGAUUCUUAUCUGAUCCAAAUCUGAAAACAUCGUAUUCAAAAUUUAUAGAAGAAUAUAUAUCGCUUGGUCAUAUGGAAGAAAUUCCACCAAAUGAACUACAAAAAUCAACGCCACAUUAUUAUUUGCCACAUCACCCAGUUAUAAAAGAAGAUAGCACCACAACCAAGGUGCGCGUGGUGUUUGAUGGUUCUGCUAAACUGAAUCACAGCGGCACCUCGUCCUUGAAUGAAUCACUUCUCGUUGGCCCCACAAUUCAGCGGGACAUAUUUUCUAUCUGCCUAAGAUCUCGUCGUCAUUCAUAUACAAUUACAGGGGACAUCGAAAAGAUGUACCGCCAAAUCUGGAUUUCCCCUAAGCACACAAAUUUUCAGCGGAUUAUUUGGCGUGACAAUCCUGAAGACCCUAUUAAACAUUUUAAGCUUUUGACGGUAACGUAUGGUACUUCAGCUGCUCCUUUUUUGGCAGUACGAACUCUCAAACAACUCGCAUUAGACGUCGCUGAAAGUAACCCACGCGUUAGUUCGAUUAUUUUAAACGAUUUUUACGUUGAUGAUAUAAUAACCGGUGCUGACUGUGUUGACGAAUUGAUUUCUCUUCAAAAAGAACUGGUAGAUGUGCUCCAUAGCGCCGGUUUCAACCUUCGCAAAUGGACCACAAACUGCUGGCCUCUUCUACUAUCACUACCAGAAGAUCAACGACAGAUGUCGCCAAUUGAAUUCGAAGAUUCUAAUAUGGUUAAGGUGCUUGGGUUGCAGUGGUGUCCAUCAAAGGAUUCUUUCACGUACAAGGUCAAAUUUCCUAACAAAUUAAACUGUACAAAACGCGGAAUACUUUCAGAUGCUUCAAGAAUUUUUGACCCACUUGGAUUUGUUGCACCGGUUAUAAUCGCAAUCAAGAUAUUCUUUCAAGACCUUUGGCGAGAAAAGUUGGGCUGGGACGACCAGGUUCCGGAGGAAAUGGCACUUCGUUGGACUACCAUUCGAGAUCAGCUUCAUCUCAUCGAGUCUAUUUCUGUCCCUAGAAUCAUAUGGACCAACAAAAUAAAUUGUGAACUACAUGCCUUUUGCGAUGCUUCUUUGGAUGCCUAUGGAGCUGUAGUGUAUUGCCGUAGUAUAAGCCUAAGUGGAGGUAUUUCUGUGUCUUUGGUGGCCUCCAAGACCAGGGUCGCACCCAUUAAAAUUCUUUCUCUUCCUAGGCUCGAGCUAUGUGGAGCUUUGCUACUAACACACCUAAUUAAUAAAAUAAAACUAUCUUUACAGGCUGAUGAUUUAAGAGUAUUUGCGUGGACAGAUUCCGCAAUCGUUUUGCAUUGGUUAUCUGCAACCCCCAAAAAAUGGUCUGUUUUCAUAGGCAAUCGAACAUCAGAAAUUUUAUCGUCAAUUCCUCGAAAAGCAUGGAAUCAUGUAAGGUCUGAAUGUAAUCCAGCUGACGUUGCAUCCCGUGGAAUCUCACCACAAACCUUAACGUCUUUUAGCAUGUGGUGGAAUGGUCCAGCUUGGCUCAGCAAAGAAUCUAGUGAAUGGCCACUAUCACAGUAUGGUAUACAAGAUAUAUGUGCAGAUCAAUUAGAGGAACGUAAAUCAAAUAAUGUUCAGGUAUUUGUGUCCAAUAUAAAAUAUAAAAUUCGAGAUAAAAUACUACAGGAAAUCAUCGCAAAGUCAUCUAAUUGGAUAAAAUCUGUGCGCGUACUAGCCUACAUAUUUCGUUUUAUAAGAAACUAUCUCCAUUUACCAAAAGCUAAUGAUUGUAAUUAUCUAACUACAGAAGAAAUCGCGGAAUCAAAAACUCGUUUAAUUAAAUGUGCUCAGAACUCAACUUUUUCGUCUGAAAUUGAAAUUCUUAACAAUUUUAAAGAGCUGCCGUCGCGUAGUAAGCUUAUAUCCCUGUCUCCGUUCCUCGAUCAAAAUAAUGUGCUUCGCGUUGGUGGUCGCCUUUCUUACUCGGACUUAUCUUUCAAUGAAAAGCAUCCUAUAAUCUUAUGCAAAUCGCAUCGAGUAACAAAAUUAAUCGUUGAAUACACUCACACUCAUUAUCUCCAUGCCGGUGUAUCUCUAAUGUUUACAAUACUUAAACAAAACUAUCACAUCAUUGGGUGCAGAAACUUGUUGCGAAAAACAAUACAUGAUUGUGUUAAAUGCUUUAGGCAGCGCAAGACAUCAUCUACUCAAUUCAUGAGUGAUCUUCCAGUUGAGCGGGUACGAUUUUCGCGUCCCUUUAGCAAAGUUGGUUGUGACUAUGCAGGCCCUAUAACUUUGCGUUUAGCUCAUGGGCCAAAUCCAAAGUUUAUAAAGGCAUACAUAGCUAUUUUUGUAUGUUUCGUUACUAGAGGUAUACAUAUUGAACUUGUCGGAGAUCUUUCUUCAAACGCGUUUCUCUUGGCUUUAGAUCGGUUCGUGUCACGUCGCGGAAAGCCUUCAGAGAUAUGGAGUGAUAACGCAACAAACUUCCAUGGCGCAAAAAGAAUCCUUGGAGAGCUUUACAAUCUUCUCCUCAGUGAACAACACCAUAAUAUAAUCAUCGACCAUCUCUCUAAAGACCAUAUAACCUGGAAAUUUAUACCACCUUCCGCACCUCAUUUUGGAGGAUUGUGGGAGGCUGGUGUAAAGUCUGUUAAAAAUCACCUUAAACGUGUAAUCGGAGAAAAUAGACUAACAUAUGAAGAAAUGUAUACUCUGCUUGCUAAAAUCGAGUGCCUCCUUAAUUCGCGCCCUAUGUGGCAAACUUCAGACUACGAACCCACAGCCUUAUCUCCCUCCCACUUUAUGAUAGGAGAAUCGUACUCUGCAAUCCCUCAACCAGAUCUUAUUAAUUUAAAUAUUUCAAAGCAAACUAACUGGUAUCUUUUACAGACAUUGAUGCAAGGGUUUUGGAAGCGGUGGCACCACGAAUAUCUGACGUCUCUACAAAAUCGACCCAAGUGGAAGAAGUUCCAACCCAACUUACAAAUAGAUGACAUAAUUUUGCUCAAGGAACCUAAUUUGCCUCCGUCUAAAUGGAUUCUUGGCCGCAUAAUCAACACACAUCCUGGUGAAGACGAUAGAUGCAGAGUUGUAACCGUGCGAACACAAUUUGGAAAUUAUACACGCCCAAUAGUAAAAAUAGCUCCUUUGCCAAAAACUGAAAGACCGGAGUCUUCCAGGGGGGGCUGA